UCCUAAUAUUUGCACGUAAACACCGUAGUGAAGUCAACUUGAACUGAAAAUGAAAGUAGACUUUGUUGAUCUGCGCAGGACAGACACGGAUAUCCGUAGAAUGAUGAAUGUAAUUUGACAUUUGAAAUUCCAUUUUUUUUUUUACCACAAAUACUUUUUCUUCAUCUUUAGCCAGAAGUUUACAAAUCAUGAUAUAUAAAUGGUGAACACAUUUGGGGACUGAUUUACAUUUUUUCUAGGAUUGUUGAACAGCCAUUAGUUUCUCAAUGGCUACAGGUUAUGAUGAGAGGUAUGCCAGACAACUUCAUGACCAAAGUCUGGAAUCUGAAAUCAUUCGAGGUAUAUCAGAGUUUCCAACAGACAGUGUGAGAAAUGAUCCUGAUGCUUUUCUAGCAUGGCAGUUACAAAAUCAAGAAUAUGAAAAAGAAAAAAAAAAGGAUAGAAUCCAUUUUGGCCAGAUGAAUUCAGUUUCACCCUCAAUUCAUCGAAAAAAUGAUAGAAGAAAGGACAAAAAUAGAAUCGAAAAUGGUAAUAGAGAUCACCCUGUGCUAAUUAUUGACAGUGAUAGUGAUACCGAAUGUGAUGCUCCACACAUGUGUCCAAUGGAUACUGAUGAAUUAAAGACAUACUCGGACAAUCAAAAGGGUUUUGGUGCCAACGUGGAGGAGACAUUUCCCAAAGAUAGUAGUGAUAAUAUGAUGGAUACUUCAUAUCAAAGUGUGACAGAAAAGGGGUCAGUGUUAGCCCAGCCUCAGAGUGAGGACAUUGAUAGCUCUGGCCGUUCGACCUUCACUUUCUACAGUGAUGACGUUGAGGAAGAUUCUAUCCCUGAAGUAUCUUCUUACGAUGAGGAUGUUUCAUCACCAAAGUUAAGAACGUUCCAAUCUGGAUUGCCAUCACCUCAAGUGAAAGAUUUUGAUGAAUUACCAAAUCCUCAUCAAGUGAAUGGAUAUCGGAGUAAUCCACAGGGUAUGAAGGGAUCAAGGCGAAGUAGAAAAUGGCCAAAGAAUAGUUAUAAGCAGAAUAAUCACUAUGAACAUACUGGUAACUAUAUUUACAAUGACACUAGACAUUAUGAUCACCAAGAUAGCAGUGAUGAUGAAACACAACCAAAACAGAGACAGUUGGAUACAUUCAAUCACAUACCCAAUCGAACAGAGAAAAAUUUCAGAAGAGCACAGAAAAAAUAUUAUUGUGGGCAAUCAGAGACACAAGAUGAUGAACUCAGAAGAGCACAGAAAAAAUAUUAUCGUGGGCAAUCAGAGACACAAGAUGAUGAACUUUUCGCCAGAAGACUGGGACAGGAACUAAACAGAACACAAGUAGAGAGGGAUGGAGAAAUGGCCAGGAGGUUGCAGGAAGAGGAAGAUGAGAAAAAUAAUUUAUUACGAGAAGAAAGAAACUUCCUUGACAGGAGGAUGCAACAGAGAAAUCAUCCAAAUCUGCAGAUGCACGAUCCAUAUGAAAACAGGGCAAUCCGACACAGAACUCCAUUUCAGUUACACAGAAUGCCAGAAGGUCUUCUAUUAUUACAGUCAAUUCUUGGAAUGGAAGGUCAAAUCUUGCCACCUCAUCUCAUGCAAGGAAAUGUUGAUUUGAAUGACUACGAGGCAUUAUGGGAGUUGGCCGAGAGGAUUGGAGAUGCAAAAGGAAGUGGAAUAACAGAGGAAGCUCUUCAGUCUCUCUGUACGACACAGUUCCAGUCCCAGACAGCAGACACAAAUGAUGUUAACGAGUGUCGGAUAUGUAUCUCGGACUUUGAUGAUGGGGAUACCAUCACAUCCUUACCAUGCAAUCAUAGAUUUCAUAAACACUGCAUAGAAACUUGGUUAAAGAGGAAAGCUGUUUGUCCCAUUUGCAGAAAAGACAUUCUAGAUGGUGACAAGAAUUAAAAUAGACAAAUGCAUGUAUAUAACAACUGAUUUCUCAGGCUUUAUAAUAAGAAUUACUGGUAUUAUGUAGUCAUGUAAAUUCAUAUUUUAUAAUUUAAAUCCUUGUUUUUAAAGACAAAGGAAAUAUUGAAGACUAAAGGUUGAAAUAUAUAAUAUUCAUGCCUCCCUUCGAAGAAGGGAGGGCAUAUUGCUUUACUUCCGUCUGUUGGUUGGUCAGUCUGUCUGUCUGUUGGUCCACCAACAGUUUGUGUUCAUUUUCUUCACAGAGGUUGCACAUACUGAAAUGAAAUUUAGUAUACAGAUUUAUCAGAAGAAUUCUAGGUCAAGUUCUGUUUUGGGUAUGAUUGAGCAAUUUUUGACAGAGUUAUGCCCCAAGGACUUAAAAAAUUCCUAUUAUUUGGGGGGGGGCAUAAGUGUUUCACAAACAACUCUUGUAAUUAUAGUAAGAAGAUUUUUUCAUAAUUUUUAUUGGCUAAAAGAAUUUCAUUAUAUUCAUCCUUUUGUGAUAUUGAUGCAAAGUGUGUCUGCACAACUGACUAUCUCUAUAAAUGGCCACGCAAAAGAUACAUAGCACAUGAGGCAUAAUAUUGUUUUUACCAUUAUGACGUCAUGAUAGCCAACCAUAUCUCUUACACAAACAGAUAGGACUGUGUAAGGUUAUUUGUUUGGAGUGAUAUUGACCUCAGACACAGAAAAUGAUGGCAUCCCCUGAAGCUCAGUCACUAACACUUUUAGAGUUUUCUGUCAAUAUAUGGGUCCUUAUAACCACAUAUCCACCUACACUGAAAUCCAUAAUUGCAUAUUAUUAGCAGUUACAUGUACAUGUAUCAGACUGACUAAUAUCUUUGUUAUUGCAAAAGUCGAUAAUUGUUUCUUAUGGAAGAAGUAAUUUCUGCUAGUCUUAUUUUGCAAAUUGAAAAUUGAUCGAUACAUUGUAUGCAGUAGAACUGCACUACAUUUAAAUCCCAUGCAUGCAAUAGAAAUUGCAAAAGAUUACAGCACCAAAAUUUGAAUGCUUUCUUUCUGAAUUAUCAAAAUGCAUAAAUUUCAGCUGUUGAGAGUUAUCUUUUAUCCAUAAGUGUAUUACAUGUCAUGAUUUAAUUAUGUUUAUUAGAUGUUAUUAGAUCUGCUUGAUGCACAUUUAGUGUAGUGAGUACCGGUAUGUGAGAUCUAACUUCUAAUUUUAAUUAGAUUGCCUGUAAAACUAUCCUAAUAAUCAGACAUAAAACAAUACCAUAGAUUUCUCAUUUUAUGUGAAUACUUGGCCUUCAUAUUUUAACCUUAAGUCACUUAUAAUAAUUUGUACAAAAUAUAUUAGUAUUUGGAAAAUUUGGGUAAUUUUUUGUCAAGACGUUGAGAACUGCUAUUGAUGUGAAAAUAUUACUGCAAAUUUACAAUGAAUACUCCCAAAAGCAGCGGUGGCAUUACUACGUCUAUGAAUAGUUUCCGAUACAAUUUUUAUUUUCAUUGAAUAUGAAGCAUAUUAUUUAAUAUCUAGUGGAAUUUUUUUUAUUUUGUUUCAAUUUUGAUACAUGUAUGGGAUAUAUAAAAUUUCACCUCAUAAAUAUCAAAAUAUUGAAAAACUGCGGUUACCAUGGCAACCAUAUCAGCCUUAUAACCCUGAUGACCAUGGCUGAAAUUUUCAUAUUAUGAUACAUUAACGUAAGGCAAAUUAUAUGUAAAAAUGAGAAAAAUUCAUUGAGCGCAUUUUUUUUCACGGACCCUUGCAAUCGCUUCCUUAAUAUUGCAAAAUGACUUGAAGAUGUCGAAUUCCGAGAACAUGAAUUCAUGAAUGGACUGUUGCAUUAGAGUUUCUAUAUAUAUUUCAGCAACAUAAAACAUUUAAAAUAAGAGCAAGUAAUUAUAUUUUGCAAGCAUGGCUUCUGUCUAAAUUAUGUGAUGAUACUGUAAACCAACUUUUAUUCGUGUGCAAGAAAUAUCCGUGAGUUUCGCAACCUACGUUAACUCGUGAAUAAUAAUCGCCGCGUACCACUUAUUUUGCUUUGUUUUCGUAGAGAAUGUUUCCUCAGUCGUGAAAAUUAACCGUCGCAUAUUGAUUUCAAACUGCUAAAUUGCGAAUAAAAUAUGACGUGAAUAAUAGUUGGUUUACAGUAAAUUCCUUGCAUAUACUUAAGAAUCUUUAAUGUAACGUUAUUGCUUAAGCAAAAAAAAAAAAAAAAGAUUUGUUUUAUCCUACACAUAAUAUAAACAAUACAUUUUAUAUUAGAAAACAUUUAGUUGACCUUAUUUAUAAUUAAUGUGUGAACACUGUGGAUGUACAUUUAUGUAUAGUUGUCUUAGAUAUCUUUGCAAUAAACCUGAACCAAACAGUCA